UUCACUCUUUAUAUAUACACUUCAUUCCCUUUUCUACUUAUCCACAACUCUCUUCUUUCACCCACCAAAGGGUUUUUUUUUUCUUCUUUUCUUCCUCACAUUCUUCUUCCACACUCACAAGUUUCAAUCUUUUUUAUUUGUUCUCUUUCUUCUUUUCAUAUUAUAUAAUAAAGCAAAAAACCUUGAUUGUUGCAAUGGCUGAGUUCAAGAGUAAGUUGAACAAAGGUCACGCCUUUACAAGCAAAUGUGCUUCCUUGGUGAAGGAGCAACGAGCUCGUCUCUACAUUCUCCGUCGUUGUGCUACCAUGCUUUGUUGCUGGUACAUCCAAGGCGAUGAGUAAAUAGAUGAUGACUCUUCUCCUUUAUAUAUAACAUCCCAAAUGCUAUAUAUAUACACGUAAAUCUAUAUAUAAAUAUAUAUAUCACCCUGUCCUCUAUAACUAGUUCUUGAAGCUUCAUGGACAUUGAAGCUCUCCUUUGGCUGUUUGGCAAAAUCCUAUCAUAAGAAUCUUGACUCUGUCUUCUGAUAUAUUCUGGUGCAGCAAAACCCUUUUACAAGCCUGUCGUUUUUUAACCUUAAGGAUCAAUCUUUUAGGGAUUUUUUUUGGGUUUGCUUCAUGGGUUACUUUGCAUCAGACAAGACAGAUACAGAGCAAGAGAUUUAUCCGCUAAUCAAGCCGGAGUUUUUACUGUGUCUCAGACAGACACACUGGAGAUGCUAGUUCUUUACGAAAUGGAAGAUCUUUGAAGGGUUUAGAUUGGUUUCACUUUCGACCGGAGAAGACUGUUUUGUUACAUCAGUUACAUUUUCCUCUGUAAAAUUUCAGCUAUGUUUCUCUUUUAUUGCAUCAUAUAUUAUAAUAAGACCAAAUAAAUGUCUAUGGUUAUGUUGAACCAUAUAGACUAAAACAUGUCUCUUUUGAUUCUCAUAUUCUAAUAAUAAUACAACAACAGUUUUCACU